UCUUAUAUAAAACUAUAUAAACACACGUCAAUCUGUUGCCUGUCGGAUCUAGUGCUUCGUACUGACAGCACGCUCUUCGAGUUCUUUGUUUAACGAGAGAUAAUUUUAUUUAAAACAACCGAAAUCGUAACGCAACGUGCAAAGGUGAAAAAAGAUAAAUAAUAUGAUAAUUUUACUGAUAUGGAGCGCGGUGCUGGUAGCGGCGAUCGCUCUUUACUUCCGCCAGACAUACUCCAGGUUUAGUAAGCAUGGGGUGAAGAAUUUAAAACCCUUGCCGUUUUUUGGUAAUAUGACCAGACUAAUUUUCCGUCAACAUAAUUUUGGUGAUGAUUUGGACAUGAUCUAUAAUACGUUUAAAGGAGAAAGAUUUGUCGGAAGAUUUGAAUUUAUCAAGCCUAUGUUGGUAAUACGAGAUAUUGAGCUCGUCAAAAAGAUUACUAUCAAAGAUUUCGAACAUUUUCUCGACCACCGAGGCUUUACUGAUGAAAAAACUGAACCUCUAUUCGCAAGAAAUCUAUUUUCAUUAAAAGGCCAAGAAUGGAAAGACAUGCGUUCGACUUUAAGCCCAGCGUUUACAAGCUCUAAGAUUAAGUUGAUGGUGCCUUUUAUGGAAGAAGUAGGCGAACAGAUGAUACGAGCUCUCAAGAAAAAGAUCAAGGAAUCUCCUACUGGUUCCAUUGACGUCGACUGUAAAGACUUGACAACGCGUUAUUCUAACGAUGUGAUUGCUUCCUGCGCGUUUGGUCUCAAAGUAGACUCAUAUACUGAAGAGGAAAAUAAGUUCUACGAGAUGGGGAAGACUGCUUCGACUUUUAAGUUACGACAAAUGUUACUAUUCUUUGCGUCAUCUGCAUUUCCUGUCAUUGCCAAGAGAUUAAAAUUAACAUUGUUUUCCAACGCUACUAAAGAUUUCUUUAUGGAAUUGGUCCUAAGUACGAUGAAAGACAGAGAAGCACGUAACAUCGUCAGACCUGAUAUGAUCCAUCUACUAAUGGAAGCUAAGAACGGACAAUUAGUACAUGAUGAUAAAGGAGGAAAUGAGAAUCUUCAAGAUACUGGCUUUGCUACUGUCGAAGAAUCAUCUGUUGGAAAGAAAAAUAUUGACAGAGUCUGGUCUGAAAUGGACCUCGUAGCUCAAGCAGUAUUAUUCUUCAUCGCUGGUUUUGAGACUAUAUCAACAGCAAUGUCUUUUGGACUUCAUGAGCUUGCAGUCCAUCCCGAGGUCCAAGAACGUUUGGUAAAGGAGAUAAAGGAAAAUCAUGCUAAAUAUAAUGGAAAGCUGAACUUUUCUUCAAUUCAGAGCAUGACAUAUUUGGACAUGGUGACAUCAGAAUUACUCCGACUUUGGCCACCUGGUAUGGCUUUAGACAGGAUGUGUGUAAAAGAUUAUAAUCUGGGUAAGCCUAACGAUAAGGCUACCGAAGACUAUAUUAUAAGAAAAAAUGAAUUAAUUUCAAUACCAGUUUGGUGUUUCCAUCGCGAUCCAGAGUUUUUCCCAGAUCCUCUGAAAUUUGAUCCUGAACGUUUCUCUGACGAAAAUAAGCAUAAAAUCAAUUCUACAGCUUAUAUGCCUUUCGGCCUUGGCCCCAGAAACUGUAUUGGAUCGAGAUUUGCUCUGUGCGAGCUGAAGACGCUCCUAUAUCAGAUACUGCUGCAUAUAGAACUUUCUCCAUCAGAAAAGACAUGUCUACCCGCAAAGCUUUCUACCGAGUCAUUUAACCCUCGGAUUGAGGGCGGUCAUUGGUUAAAGUUUAAGAUCCGUAAUUGAUGACUUGCAUACAAGACUCAGUGAAAUAUUUAAUAGGUUUCAGUUAAAUAAUAAGCACCAUAUUAUACAUCGCGAUUAAGGUUAAUGUGUUUUUUAGGAUAAACUUUAAAGUGUUAAGUAAAAUAGUAUAUUUAUCUCACUGUUGGGUAAAAAUAUUCUUCCUGGUUUUUGAUAUUGAGAACUAUGGUUAUGUAAUAAUAUUCGAAGAACGUUUUUUAUGAUGCAAAACAUUUUUCACCAAAGAAUAUUAAAUGGGAAUAAUAAUUUUAAAAACUGUUUAAUCUAAGACUUCUCAUAACUAAGAAUUGAUCUUGAUUUUUUUAUUUGAUUUAUUUUCAAUAAAAUGUGAAGUUAUUGAAACAAA